AAUGAGCAAGCUGUCGGCGGCGGAUACCGGGAAGGGCGAUAUGACCGAUUGGAUGGCAGACAUUUAUGAGGCCAAAAUGCAGAAAGCCAAGGCCGAGUUGGAGGAGAAGCAAGCUAAGGACGCGGCUAGGGCGUCAGGGAAGAAGAAGGGGACGACUCUGUCCCAGCUGAAGAAGAGAGCUGUGCCAGCUGGCUCGGAGACUCCGAGUACCUUCAAGAAGCCAAAACCCCUACCCCGCCGUCUCGUGAAGAAAGACGAGUCGAAGGUUGCUGAGGGGGGAUGCCCUGAUGACGAAGAGAUGGGCGUGGACAAGCCGUCUCUGGUGGUGGACUUGGUGUCCAAAUCGAGGUCCGGUGGGCAUCCGGACGAGCUGGAGGACCCUCUUUCUGGAAUCCCGGCCGACGUCCGCUCUCAGAUACCUGCGGAGGUGGCCCGCCGAGCUAGGUCUUCGGGCGGUAAGUAUUAUUCGAACGUCGUUCAGACGUAUCGAGCCUCCUCUGGCAGUUCUUCUUACUCUCCGCGUCAUCCUAAGGCCGUUGUUUUUCCUAUAGCCAAAGACAAAGGGAAGGAUGCAGCUGCUGCUGAGGACGAGAACGUACCUGCUACUCCCCACUAUUCGUCAAAGGAUAGGGUGGCUAUAUGCCGCAAGGUUUUUAAGGCCGUCCCCGCAGAGUAUGUUGCUUCUCUUCCUGGCCGCAAGACUGACGCCCAGUUUGGUGCGAUCCAGGCCACUCUUCUCGACGUAAGUCUAUUUCCAACUUGCUUGUACUUGUCUUCUCUUUUAGUCAUUUACUAACAUGUAGCUCCUUUUGCAGUUGUUCUGCCGCAUGGAGUUCUGCAAGAGUUGGAAGACCCGCACUGCUGAGGAGC